AUCUUUCUCCACUCUUCUUCUGGUCGGAUCCCGCGGCGGGUCGGGCUGCGGAGCACGGGCUCCGGCGAGCUGCUGGCGAGGGCUUGUGCGGCGAGCUCCGUCGCGGGCAAGGGAAUGGACGAAGCGAGCACCUCCGCGUCCGGCGGUGCGACGAGGCGCGCCUUCCCGGCGGCGAGAUCGGGAGUUUACUAUAGGUUCACCCAGCAGAAUCUCCCAGCUUGGAAGCCAGCAAUGACACCUGGAUGUCUGAUAGCCACGUUCUUGAUUAUUGGAAUCAUUUUCGUUCCUUUUGGGCUGUUUUGCCUACAGACGUCAAAUCAUGUUGCAGAAAUCAUUCGCCGCUAUGAUGUUGGCUGUGUGCCCAAUGCUUACAGAGGAAAUAAGCAAGCUUAUAUUAAGGACAGCUCAAUUUCAAAGAACUGUACUCUGGAAGUGAAGGUUCUGGAUCAUAUGAGAGCACCAAUUUAUGUUUAUUAUGAACUUGAGAACUUCUACCAGAAUCAUCGCAGGUAUGUCAAGAGUAGAAGUGAUAAACAGCUGCGUUUUGGGGCAAAAUACACUGCUGAAUCAUGCAGUCCCAUUCAAUGGGAUGAUAAUGGUUUUCCAAUUGUUCCCUGCGGCUUGAUUGCCUGGAGCUUAUUCAAUGAUACUUAUGAUUUUACUUAUGGGUCCAAGGAAAUAAAGGUCAACAGGAAAAAUAUUUCAUGGAAGAGCGAUCGGGAGCAUAAGUUUGGCAAAAAUGUAUUUCCUUCCAACUUUCAGAAUGGGAGCUUCAUUGGAGGCGGAAAACUCUAUCCUAUGGUCCCACUGAGUGAACAGGAAGAUCUUAUUGUGUGGAUGCGUACUUCUGCUCUUCCCAAAUUUCGAAAGCUCUAUGGUGUGAUAGAAGAGGAUUUACAGGUUGAUGAGACCAUGACCAUAUUUAUAAGAAAUAAUUACAACACCUACACUUUUGGUGGAAAGAAAAGCAUAGUUCUUUCGACAACAACCUGGUUAGGUGGCAAGAAUGACUUCCUUGGAUAUUCUUAUAUUGUCACCGGUUCGAUGAGCAUCUUCAUGUCAAUUCUCUUUGCUCUGAUCCAUGUGAAGUACCCAAGGCCGCAAGGGGAUCCUAAUUGCCUAUCAUGGAACCGGAAAAACAGCAGUAACUAAGGAGCCAGUAUUCGAGCGGAAGGCUGUAGGUACCAGCCCAGCUAACAUACAUUAGGUCCCUUGUUAGGCAAAACUCUUAUCUGAAACAAGUCAGACAAUGUGUCUGGGUUAAAGCCCCCAGAUGAAAAUUGACAGUAUACACUACACCAUGCAGUUCAGAGAAAGUUCCGACGUAUCUGUUGUGCAUCUAGAACAACGCCCGCAGGGUUCCUCGUGUUCCUGUCAGUAUGGAUGAAACAGAAAUACUGGUAUUAUUAUUAUUUAUCUAACACUAAUCCUCUCAGUAGCCUUAUUAACA